GUUCAAAUUCCACUUCUAGCAUUUUGCUCACAGCUCAAAUUGACGAUGGCGAGCAAACAGAAAUCCGAGGUGAAGGUCCUUAAGGGUCAAGAAGCCGAAAACAAAGUAUUGGAAUAUGUUAGACGAAUGAAUCGUCCAUACGGCGCUGUGGACGUGGCUGCAAAUCUCAAAGGCGCGGUUCCUAAAGCCGCGACACAGAAAAUACUAGUAGCGCUUGCAGAGAAGGGAGAGCUGGUUCAAAAGAACUACGGGAAAACGACAUUCUUUGUUGCCAAUCAAGCGAAAAUUGAUACGUUGUCGCCUGAGAAGAUAUCUGCCCUCGAGGAAGAAUGUAAGAGACUAGACGAGGAAAACAAAGCAAUCGCGUUGCAAAUCAAAGCAGCCACCACUGAACUCACCAAAAUCAAGAACCUGCCCUCUGAUUCCGAGUUAGACGAGCAACUUGCGUCUCUCAAGGAUGCGAUCGCUAAACGGACCGUCUUGCUUCAACCGUUACGCUCCGGCGCGCCGCCUAUAUCUGCCGAGGAAAUCGCUCAGAUCGAUGCUGACUGGCUGAAGUGGAGAGAGGAAUGGAUACGACGGAAGAAGACAUUCAAUUCGUUCUGGCAACUCGCAACCGAUUCCUUACCUCCUCAGGACGCUACGAUCCUUUCAGAAGACCUUGGAAUUGAAUUCGAUACUCCUGAACACGCUACCCUGGAGAAAAGUCACCUCUGCGUCGAUACGAAGAAAAAUCUCCUCAAGAGGAAACGGUAGAUGUUGUCUGAACAUGCAGUUCUAUGCUAUGUAUUGAUAUGUUUAUGGCUCCGGAUUCUCGACUUCUGCAACUGCUAUGUUUUGUUCGCUUUCUACACUGCGUAUAUCCGCGCAUCCCGAUUUGAGAACGAGAUACGGUCAACAAACCUGGUUGUGGUGUCUAAGAAAAAUGUAUAUCAUACUAUAUGCUCAAUCCCGGAUAUCUGUCAACUAUAGAGCUGGGGGACACAAAACUGAACGCAAUUCUCAAAGUCGUUGAAGGGCCCAAGAGUAGGGAAGGAAGGAAGGUAUAUUAAACGGCUUGGUCCAAGAUCUGAACACCGCACAGUCCGGGGAGUAUCUUGGUGUGGAACCUCACCACAGUCCCC